CAAAUUUUUUGGGACGGAGGGAGUAGUUGUUCUUUAGCUUUUAAAGUAGUUUAUGACACCACUGCUUAAGUUGUCUAGGUCCGCCGCCCCUGAUCAUGAAGAAGAUUAUAUUCAUUCUCGCGGCGGCGGCGGCGUGGCCACUGACCGUCGUCAAGCCGGAGGAGGCCUCCUCCAAGAACAGGCCGGCGGGGGAGAUCAUCGACAUAUCCCAUGAGUAUGCUGAGGGACGACUGCCCCUCUUCGACAGCCCAACCGGCCUUGGUUCCUUCUACGUCCCCUUUUCGAGCAUAAAGCACGGGGCCCUGGCUAAUACCAUCAAUUUCACCCUCAACUCCCACUCCGGAACCCAUGUAGACGCCCCUGGGUUUCUCAACCACACCCUCCUCCAAGAGGGCUACGACGUCGACUCCUUAGAUCUCUACACCUUAACCGGCCCUUGUAUGGUGGUGGAAACUCCUCGGGACCAAAACAUCACCGCCGAGGUGAUGGAGGGGCUAAACAUUGCCCAGGGAGUGGAGAGAGUCCUCUUCAAAACUCUCAACACCGACAGGAAGUUGAUGUACCAACCGAGGUUCGACUCGAGCUACACCGCCUUCACCCCCGACGGUGCUCGGUACCUCGCCUCCCACACCGACAUCAAACUUGUCGGCAUCGACUACCUGUCGGUUGGAGUGAGGGAGGACUUAAGGGACGUGUACCUCACGUUUCUUAACACUAAGAGAAUUAUACUGGUCGAGGCCUUGAAGCUGGACGAUGUCGAGCAGGGGGUCAAGAUCAUCAAGAACAGAUCUAUCCUAUUGAAGUCUAGAUUUGCUAAGGCCGUCGGCAAGUUUCCGAUCAGCUCGUUACGGGAGAGAAUCCCGGAAAACAUGGAAGAAGACCUCCGAAUCUCCAUCGACAAGCUUCCAAUCAACCGCAUUGAAUUCGUCGACGAAAACGGUGUCGAACGGUUUCCUUCUGAUGUAGGGUACGAUGAUAAGACGGUGAACUUAAUAAGGAGAAUUGACUUCGGGUGGGCGGUGGAGAGGGAGGAUCCCAGUAAGAAGCAGAAGAAGAUUGCCGUCUCGAGUUCUUCGUCGAAGGAGACAUGCGGAAAUCAACCAUGGCAGUGGCAGAGCUUAGUGGAGAAUCUGCAGCUGGCUCACCAGGAACUCUCCAUCAUUAUUGAUCUCAUCAAUAAUGUGGAAGCAAAUGAUGCUGUAACAGUGGCUGGUAUGACCAGGCCAAAGCAAUUGCCAAAUGAGCUUCUAUCUGACCUUGCCGUGUCUAUGGCUACCAAGCUACAAAAUUUUCGGCACUUGGGGAAGUAUUUUAAGAAAUCUGCAAAAGCAUUGGAGAAACAAGUAGCCAGGGAAGCACGAUUCUAUGGUGCUUUGAUUAGAUUGCAGCAGAAUUGGAAAAUCAAGUGGCAUAGGAUGGUUGCUGCCUCAUCUGGAAAUGAAGGAUUUUACAUCGACUUAAUUGACAAUACAUUACAUGAUCCAGCACUUGUAUUUCGCCCUUCUUCUGCUUCUGCAGUUCGUGUUGAGCAUGACUUGACUGGAACGCUAGCUGUGAAUUUGCCACCUAAUUCAUGUAAAACACUCCAAUUUGAGUUUCAUGGUGCACAUUCAACUGGUAUUUCCAGGCAAUUGGCCAAGCCAGAAGUGAAGGGCACAAUUAUGGAUUCUUCUAGUGAAUCUAAGAAAGAAAAAAGUGAUGAUGAGCAUGUCAAAGAAACACAUUGCGUUCUACGUGAACUCCACAGGGCUAUAUUUGAUGAACAGGUAUUUGAUCUUGUGAAUCGUGAAGCAUUCAACCCAUCUUUUAGAAUCAACAUGACAGGAGUUCAAGAGAAUUUUUUGCGUUUAAGCAUUGGUCAAGGAGCAUCUGUCUCUCUUUCACUUGUGCCACAUGAUGGAGGUGAUAAAAAAACCAGUGGUGAAGGUGAUGAAGCAUUGGGUGCUGUGGUCAUGCCUAUGGAAUCUUUUGAUGGGUCAAAAUUAGAUGAUGGAAAAGUGAACUUGAAGAAGUUGGGAUCUGUAAAUCAAACCAGUUUUGAAAUAUAUUUACAACAAAUUUUCCAUGAACAUGUGUUUGUUAAAGCCAAAAGCAGAUCAUCAAGUUCUAUCAACUCUCGAGUAUCUGUUGCACCUACAAAGAGCAGUUCAAAUCUCCUGGGUCAUUUCUGUCGGUCUCUGGCUCACAGGAUGUUCUCAAACAAAGUUCUUGCAGAGCUGGAAACUCUGGUUAGCAAAAUGCCUUAUGUGGAAUUGAUUUCUCACCUCACUUGGCACUCUCGAAAGUCUGCAUGGACGCUCUUGAUGAAGUGUAUGAUGGUUGCAUAAGCGUGGAAGGUCUUCCUGCCGUUCUGCUGCAGCAGGUAGCGAGCCAAGUCAUACGGUGGCUUCAUGAGGAAGCUCUUAUGGUGGGUAUAAAGGCCAAUAGGGACU